CGCCGCGCUGUCAUUGGCUCGCUAAAAAUGCCUCUCUAAUCUGCGCUAUUCUGUGAACGCCUCCUCCUCCGCCUCCGCCUCCUCCUCCUCCUUCUCCCCCCACCCCCCUCCUCUGCUCUGACCUUCCUCCUUCCCGCAGCCCCGGCGAGAUCCGGGCGAGACGCGGUGGCGGCAGCAGCGCCGUCCUCCUCUUCCCCCGGGAAGUCGUCCGGGCUUGAGGCCGGGUCCCAGAAGCCCCGCUUCGCCCAGUGGCGUCGCCGACGCUGCCCGGCGCUCCUGCCCCCAGCGCAUGAGCAGCCGAGCCCACUGACCACAGCUCCACACCUGUCCGUCCCCCCACGGCCACACCAUGUCGGGCUCCUACGACGAGGCCUCGCUGGCUCCGGAGGAGAUCACCGACAGCUUCUGGGAGGUGGGGAACUACAAGCGGACGGUGAAGCGCAUCGAUGACGGUCACCGCCUGUGCAACGACCUGAUGAACUGCGUGCAGGAGCGCGCCAAGAUCGAGAAAGCCUACGCGCAGCAGCUCACCGACUGGGCCAAGCGCUGGCGCCAGCUCAUCGAGAAAGGCCCACAGUACGGCAGCCUGGAGCGGGCCUGGGGUGCCAUAAUGACAGAAGCAGACAAGGUGAGCGAGCUGCACCAAGAGGUGAAGAACAACCUGCUGAAUGAGGAUCUGGAGAAGGUCAAGAACUGGCAGAAGGAUGCCUAUCACAAGCAAAUCAUGGGAGGCUUCAGGGAGACCAAGGAGGCUGAAGAUGGCUUCCGCAAGGCCCAGAAGCCCUGGGCCAAGAAGAUGAAGGAGCUGGAGGCAGCCAAGAAGGCCUUCCAUCUGGCCUGCAAAGAGGAGAAGAUGGCCAUGACACGGGAGAUGAACAGCAAGACGGAGCAGUCAGUCACGCCUGAGCAGCAGAAGAAGCUGCAGGACAAAGUAGACAAGUGCAAGCAGGAUCUGCAGAAGAUGCAGGAAAAAUAUGAGAAGGUGCUAGAAGAUGUGGGCAAGACCACACCCCAGUACAUGGAGGGCAUGGAGCAGGUGUUUGAACAGUGCCAGCAAUUUGAGGAAAAGCGGCUGGUCUUCCUCAAGGAGGUGCUGCUGGACAUCAAACGUCACCUCAACCUAGCUGAGAAUAGCAGCUACAUCCACGUGUACCGAGAGCUGGAGCAGGCCAUUCGAGGGGCUGAUGCUCAGGACGACCUCAGAUGGUUCCGCAGCACCAGCGGCCCUGGCAUGCCCAUGAACUGGCCCCAGUUUGAGGACUGGAACCCAGACCUCCCUCACACAACCACCAAGAAGGAGAAACAGCCAAAGAAGCCAGAGGGGGUGACACUGACCAAUGCCACUGGGGCAGUGGAGUCCACAUCCCAGGCUGGGGACCGUGGCAGCGUUAGCAGCUAUGACAGGGGCCAACCGUACGCCACCGAGUGGUCGGACGACGAGAGCGGGAACCCCUUCGGGGGCACUGAGGCCAACGGGGGCGCCAACCCUUUUGAGGACGACGCCAAGGGAGUGCGUGUGCGGGCGCUCUACGACUACGACGGCCAGGAGCAGGACGAGCUCAGCUUCAAAGCUGGAGACGAGCUCACCAAACUGGGCGAGGAAGACGAGCAGGGCUGGUGCCGCGGGCGGCUGGACAGUGGGCAGCUGGGCCUCUAUCCCGCCAACUACGUGGAGGCCAUCUAGCUGCCCUGCUCCCCUCACACCCCCUCUCACUCCUCGCCCACCACUUCCCCGACCUUCCCCUUCUUGUCUCCCUCCCCUGCCAUAGAGUUCCAGACAUAUUUUCCAAUCAAGCUUUUAUUUUUUUAAAAGUUAAAACAGAACAAAACAAAUAAAAAACAGGAAGAGACAGAAGCAUUUGCAGGGCCUCCUGGAGGCCAGGGUGGAGGGACUUGGGGUGAUGGCUCCUGUGUACAUGAGGGUCUUAGGACUUAGCCCAACAGUGACAUUAGGCAUUUGCUCUUCAGAUCCCACCAAAGAGUUCCCUGACCCCUGAGGGGUGGUGUCUCCUGGACCCUUCCACUCUGGCUGAACCCCCACCCCAGGCUGCCAGCACCUGAGCCUGGUUUCCUAACCUCUUCCUCCUGCCCUACCCUGCUUCCAUUCCACCACCACCCCACUCUCAAAGUCCCCUCCAUCCCCAGGUCCCAGAGAGGGGAUGCCUCCCAGUUUUCAAUUUUCCGCUCUGCCCUGGGGAGUGCCCUUCUCCUAGCCCCGCCCCCCUUCCUCUCCCUGGUGGCCCACAGCCAUGUGGGACAGUUAUGGCCGGAGGAGGAAUGGUCACUUUUGUUCCCCACUGAAGGUUUCCAGGCACGAAGAAGGAUGAGCUGGAGGAGGUGACUGUCACUGGGGUGCAGGACGGAGAGUGAGAGGAGAACAGGUCCUCAGUCCGUUCUGGGCCAGCCCUCCCAACCCCAGCCCACUGGAGGGCCUGAGACCCUGGCGGGGCUCUUCUUUCCCACCGUCAGCACUUUGGGCACAGGCUCUUCAGAGCCAAACACCCUCUGUAACUUGAGACCCCUGCCCCCUCUCAGAAGCCCCUCAAAGCCCAGGGGAAAGCCAGCAACAGUAGCAGCCUCCUCCCAUUUCCUGGGGAGGGGUGCAUCUUGCCCACCCACUCACUCUCUGUGUCCUUCCAAAACCAACAUGAGCCUCCAUGAGACCAAGCCUUGGGCCUGCCUGCAAGGCCCUGGACCCCUCACCCCUCUCUCCCCUUCCCUGGCCUGCCUGGGGGAGGCUGUGGGGGCACUGGGGAAAGCCUGCAGCUGUGGGGGAAGGCAGGAGUUGGCAGGAGGGAGGAACCCUGGCCCUCAGGAGCAGGGCAGCCACCAUGUCCUCCUUCCACUCCAGCCCCAGGAACAAUGUUCCCCCUGCUGGCAGCGCCCCCCACCCCCCACCCAGCUCUCCAAGCCUGGGGCUCAGUUAAAGGACUUUUGGGGGUGGGUGGAGGCAAAGGGACCACCCAAAGUAGGGAGUGUUCCUGUAGUUGGUGAAAGCCAUGGUCUCCAUGGAAGCAGAGGUGGGGACCUGGGAAGCGGACCAAUGCAGGACAAGACCCCAAGCAGUGGGGGGUGGCAGGAAGAGGGGUCACUUGGGACCUCUGGGACGAGGACCUGAGACCACCUGUGGCAUCUGUGGAAACUUGCUUACAGCUGAGGCCACUUCCAGGCCUCAGGGCUGCAGACACCCUCCCUUUCCCGCACCCCUGGCCUCCUGGCACCCCAGCCCCUCUGUCACCCCUUAGUCCUCUUUCACUCCCUGCUUCUCCCACAACCCACUGGGAGGAGGGAGUUGACACCAGUUUCAAGGCCCUGCACUGGAGGAUCCCGGCAGAUUCUCGCAGGAGCCUGAGCUGGGAUAGGCUGCCCUCAGGGGCAGGGGAGUUGGGGGGAAUAGGGGCCAUGGCACCCUAGGAACAGGCAAUUCCCCCUCAGCCAGCAUCCUCUUCUUCAUCACUGUCUGCUCUUGGGGCCUCUGCUGCAGCCCCAGAUGUGCCCUUGGGCCCCUUACAGCCUGAAGGAAAAUUUCAGAAGUCCUUAGCCUGUGCCAGGCCUCCCAGCUCCAGAAUAAAAGCCUCUUCACCCUCUCCCCAAGGCAAGAAUUAGGGUUUGGGGCCUCUGUCCCUCACCACCAACUUUGAAAGGCAGGAAGCUGGGCACAUCUGCACUUUGGGACCUAGGCACCCCCUCUCCAUGCUGGCAGCCUCCCAGGACCUGGGGAGGGGGUGUGGCCCUCGCUGGACCCCAGGCCUGCCCUCGGCAGCACUCUGGCUGCUACUCGGGGCCAGGGACUUAAAGCCCCAUCCCUUCUGAUCACCCACCUCCACAGCCCAUUUGGGACCAUGCUCUCCCAGUCUCCAGGCUCCUCAGGAACCCAGAGCAGGAGGGUCUCUCACCUGGAAGUCCCUGUAGCUCCUGGGGGCCCCCACAAUGCUGGUGUCAGAGCACUCAUUGCGGAGCAUAGGGGACGCACCCCUCACUGUGCCCAUGGCUGCCUCCCUUAGCCCCCUACCCUUGAUGCUGCAUGGGCCCUCCUUGGUGGGGCUCGGUGAGUAAUGUGUUUUACCCCCAGUUAACCACCGUUCCGUGGCCUGGUUCUGCGAGGGGCCAGGACUACUGCACCACCUGCCGCCCACUGUCCGCCACCCUAGGCUUCCUGACUCCAUUCGUUCCGACACUUGUGAAACUCCGAGAAGUGCUGUGGUCUCAGCAAUGCACCUGUUUUGUACAUGAUUGUGUAAUUUAAAGGUAUAUAAAUAUAAAUAUAUAUAUAUAUAUAAGUGGUGACUGUAUCACUGCAGAUAAAAUCCAGAACUGUGUCAACCUGG